AGUACUUACCACACAUUUUACAAGAUCAGAUGCUUGUCAGUGGUGCUCAGGAUCUGUAAAUCAAUCGCCAUCAUCCUCAGUCAUCUCUCCUUACUCUGUUUAUGUGGUAAGUGAAAUCUUAUGUACUGUAAUGUAACAGGCUACCGCUAGCAAGGAGCUAACCAUGUCCCUUUAGUUGCUUGCUUGUUAUUUUAUUAGAACGCAUUAUUUGCUUUCUGUGUCUUUCUGAAUACAGACACCAACCCAUCCCUGCACUUCACAUCCCCUGCACAGCCUGGAACAUAACAUUUAUUUCCAUGAUCUGCCAUUUUUGCUCUUGUCCUCGCUUGUUUCUUCACAAUACCUGCAGAACUUCUGAUGGUUCGGCUGGCGGCUGGCAUAGAACAUAGAUGAGGUCCAUGUGGAGGAUGUGAGGAUGCGCAAGCGUCUGCUGUGGGACGAGCCGCUGCAGAUCUCCUGGCUGAUGGAGGCCGAGCCGUUCACCUCCUCCCUCCAGACGGGGGGUCCUGUGGCGGGCGCCAGCAUGACCCUGGAGCAGAAGACCACCUUUGCCUUCGUCAUCUUCCUCUUCGUCUUCCUCUGCAUGCUGAUCGUGCGCUGCUUCCGCAUCCUGCUGGACCCCUACCGCAGCAUGCCCACCUCCACCUGGGCCGACGGUCUGGACGGCCUGGAGAAGGGCCAGUUUGACUACACUCUGGCGUAGACAGACAGACAGACACACACACGCACACGCAUGCACGCACACAUGCACACGGACACACUAGCCGGGUUUCCAUCCAAAGCUGCGAAUUUAACUUAUGUGCAAAACUGGAAUAUCGCAUAAAACAUUUGCAAACGAGCACCGUUCCAUCCAAUGAGUCAAAGAGAACAAAAUCGUCACUUCCUGGUUAACUGGCAAUUGGCCUAUAGAAAACUAGGAUAAGCUACUGAAUAUAAUAAUUUUCAUAUAUGAAAAAUUAAUUGCACCUCAGAGCGAGCAGACGAAACACAAUAAAUGCUGUCAUUGCUUUCGGAGGUUAAUGCUGCUGUUUGGGAAGACAGUUGUGUAAGACAAUUACACAGAAAUACUUUGAUGACAGACUUUGCUCACGCAUUUCAGAACGACCAUAACAACAUUUCAGAUGCUGUGGAACGAGAUCAGUCUGCUGCUAGUCAAGUUAUCCCGUCUCAUAGCGCAAAGUCACAUGACUUUUUGGAUGCACUUGGAGGAAUUUAUUCGCAAAAUGCAUGUUCAUCUCCCAUUAUUUGCAUUAACCCUUUUUUUUAACCCUUUAAGUCAAAAUCCACCUCAAGCGAGGACAAAAACUUUUUUGCAAAUUAAGUGAUUUUUAUUCGAAAUUUGGCGUUUCCAUGACUCAUUUCUCAUGCGAUACUUCAAAAUGCGCAUUAAAACAGGGUGAUGGAAACCCAGCUACACACACACACACACACACACACACACACUCACUCACACACUCUCACACACACUCCUGCAUAGCGCUGGACAUCCUGAAGUCAUACACAAACACAUGUAGAAGUACAUCAAGAAUACAGUAAUUCUGCAUAUGAGCAGCCCUGCCACAAGCUUGUGAAGAUGACUAACACACACACACACACACACACUGCACUCACUGCCAUCCACAUACACCAGAUGUUGUUUGAGAAGAUGAGUGUGCAGUGCUUUAUUCCAGGCCAAAUGGAUCUUGAGCUCUUAUUAGCGCUGAGACACAGGGUAGCCCCUCUUUUGUAUCCUCCCAAAACCACAGGCCUCCUUUCCUCAUGUAUCUGUGCUGUCGUUAACUGCCAAGUACAACUCUCUAGAAGAGAAGCUCUUUCUAAGACCGUUUAUAAGCACUUCAUAUGACGCUUUUGUCGAAAUAGCCUUAAAAAAAAACGUGCACUGUAAUCGGCCACCGUCAAAGUUUACAUGAUUCAUUACUGGCAAUUACUGCAGUGCUUCUGGUCACAUCCUGACCUUUUUAGAAAGCUCGAGCUGAUAUGGAUACGCAGUUAGGACAGGCUGUUGGAUGAGCUGUUGAUUCACUUCACAGGUUCUGUGCCUCUGAAAGCUCAUUGAUGGUAGGAACCGCAGGAUCUGUCAGCCUUAGCACAAUAAAUACUCUUAGAUCACGUCUCUACCUGUAUAUUCAUAGGCUGUAGUUUCGUAAGCCUUAACCCUUGAAGCUGCCAUCAGGAGAAGCAUCGUAAUGUGAAGUCGCACGACCCAUUUGAGCCUUUGUGCCGAACGCUACUCUUGAAAAUCCACUUUCUUGAGAGCCGAUAGUCACACACUGAUAACGAUGUGAACGCUCCUCUGCCCCGUCGAUCGUAGCUCAUCUCACCGAUGAUCGUGAUGAUUUUUGUUGCACUACUUCAUUGUACCUGCUGUCACUGUGAAAGAGCACUUAGUAAAGGACGUGUUAUUGUAUGUGUCAUGACAAAGAUUUUACAAUCAUUAUAGCUGCUCAUGUUUGAAAGACUGAAGAUAUUGGGGUUGGAGUGAACAGACGGUUUUCAUCGUUCCUCAUGAAGCGCUGCUGCUCUCUAGAUGAUACAAAGCACUAAACAGCUCUGUCUGUCUGUGAGAUUCAGCACAGUAUGUGGAGCCUCAAAACAAUUUAGACCUUCAUACUGUUUAGAAAUAAGUGUCUGUAAAACAGAGGAAUAAUACAUCUAGGAAACAAAGCACCAGUAUAUUCAAACGCAAGGUAAUUCUGAAUUAUGAUGCUUUGUUUUAAUAGUGUCACAACCUCAUUUAUGUUUCAAAGAGAUAAUUAAUAAAACAUA